AGAGAUCGACAGUACAUAUCAUCAGUGUCACUUCAUGUGCGUAUACACAGAGGGUCUGCUCUAACUGAGUGACACGGACGUUACCUGUUUUGAGAGCUCAUAAGACAUUGCAUUUUUGCUCUGAUGUACCGUCCGCAUUCUGACCACAUCCUGCUGGUCCUAUACCACCUGUUUCUGAUCUGUGUCCAUGGCAACGCUCAAGAACAAGGCCCUACAUGUGAGGUGCGAGUGAAAAGAAACACCAUUUGGAAUGCUGUCCCUCAGAAAGCCCUAACAAUCAACUGCCCUGUGAGACACUGUGGAGAAAAGCUACACGCCACCUGGUGUAAAUUUGUGGAUCUACUAAACUGCGAACAGAUACAUGAGACAGAGCAAGUCACAUUUGGAUGGAGGCAAAAAGAUAUUCUGAUUUUGGAUUUUAAAAAGAUAUCUAUCAAUGACGAUGGUUUGUACAGAUGUGAAGUUGCUGAAAAUGGGUCAACAACUGUUAGCCAUGCUAUCAAAGUCUCUGUCUCAGAUAGCAACCUGGAGAUUACAAGCACAGCAGACCACAACACAAAUGACUCAACGGAUGCAAAGCGUGAUAGGAAUGAUCCAAGCUUCAUGCCUUAUGUUUACAUCUGUGUGGGAAUAGUAGUCCUGGUGGUCAUUGUGACAGCAUUUUCUUUCUUCUGUCUACAUACAUAUAAAGGACCAAGCAGGUCAACCGAAAAUAGAACAAAGAAGCAGGAGAUGUCCACACUGGCAGCACCAUGUCCAGACCUCUCCUUCAACCCCGAGGGAACCUUUCCAUCAUCACCAUCCACCCCAAUCCCCGUACAGCCUGCCAAUCUCUAUGACAACGGUCUCUACUGUAACCGCAUCAAUGGGGAAAAUGGAGCUCUACCAUCCUCCAACAACAGAGCAGGAGGUCAAGUGUCAAGCCACCUUGUGUAUGCUUCCCUGAACCACGAGACCACCAGGGGGUCCCUGAGAUCAUCCCAUAUUCCGACCCCGCAGGAUACGUUCUCUGAGUACGCAGCCAUCCGGGUCUACUCAGCUCUGAGAGAGACCUCAGCCAGACCCUAACAGUAUAGUGCUGUAAGUUGUGUUCUUUGAUGGUUGUUUUCACACAGAGGAAGAGGAAAGCUGAACAUUUUUGACAUUUGACUCAUCGGGGGAUCUGUUUUCAUAUUAUAUUUUUUGGGGGCACUUUAUAUAAUUGUCACGCACUCAAUGACACACACUUCCUGGUGUAAUUGCAACGGUGAGCAAUGUGUUAACCGCAGUGCAGCAGUGUUUCAGAGAAGAAGAUGUAAAGGUGUAGGGUGACUGAGAGGUGUUAGAACUAGAGAGCAUGUGCUUCUGAGUGAACAUCCUUCACAUCACACCUCAGAGUUAGAGGAGCAAAGGUGUCGGUAACUCUCACUUCAAGAUAUUUCACACAUAAUGAUGGGGAAACCAUAAUUUGUUAAUUACUAUCAAGAAAUACAUUAUAUAUUCAAAAGUAUGUGGACACCCAUUCAAAUGAGUGGAUUUGGCUAUUUCAGCCACAAUCAUUGCUAACAGGUGUAUAAAAUUGAGCACACAGCCAUUCAGU